UUUUUCUGAUUUUUUAAUUUCCAACGUUUUUUAAUUUCUGUUUUUUUUUUCAUUUCUGUUUCCAUUUCCAUUUCCAUAUCCAUUUUAUUUUUAUUGUUUACUUAAACUGCUUGAAAUGAGUGAUCCAGUGGCGGAAUCCGAACCUUCAACGAGCACUCAACAAAAGGAUGCGAAGGAAGAAAAGGAUGGCAAGGAAGAAACGAAAGUGAAGACUAUUUAUGACGUUGAUGUGGAUCCAAUGAUUAUUAUUUUUGGGAAAUUGGAUGUUCGGAACAGGACGAGAUGUGAGCGAGUUUGUCGACUGUGGAACGAAAUUGUCAUGCAGUGCUGGCAGUCGACGCAAUUACUGGCCUUCGAGAAUUCUUUCAAUAUUUGGAGGGACGAAUCAGGACAAAUUCUUGAUACAUUGACACUGACCAAAAUCCUCAGCAAGUGUCCAAACGUGAAAACAAUCAACUUGGAGCAAACAGCAACCAACUUUGAUGAAACAAUUUUUAAUGUCAUUGGCCAGCACUGUCCGCAUCUUCAAAAAUUGAUCAUGAAACAUAAAAAUCUUAGCAGAUACAAUAUCGCAAACCUCGGCAGAGCUUGCCCAUCAAUUAAAUCAAUCGAUUUCAGCAACUGUAACAACAUCAGUGAAAGAAGUUUGCAGGAAUUGUUGGAAUUAAGACCCGAUCUUGAAUCUAUUUCUCUCAGCCAAGUCGACAACAUCACUGGGCGGUGUUUUGAUUUAUGCACUAAUCUUUCAUACCUGGAUCUAUUAGGUUGUUCCUCGAUUGUUACAGAUGCAUUUUCUAGGCUUGGUCAAAACUGCUCUCAAACUUUGAAAACAUUGUUGGCACCUUCUUUGACCCAAGCCGGAUACGAAAUUAUUUGCAACACUUUUCGCAGUUUAGAAGUAUUGCAAGUUCAAUCCUCACAUGGAGGUAAGUUGGCGUCCACGAAAAAUCGACUUAUCGAUAUUGUGAAUGCGUUGCCAAUGCUACCAGGUACGUUGAGCGGAGCCAGACUUCUGGGCAAUCUGACAAAAUUGCGAGUUUUACGGAUUUUACCAUACCUUAAAGAUUUGGAUAAUGAUACCUUUGUUGCAAACAUAAAAAAAUGGCCUGAUUUAACAGAAUUAUGCAUCUUUGGAGCUCAACAAUUGAAAAGCCUAUCAGUGUCAUACCUUCCCAAAUAUUGCCCGCUAUUAACUGAUUUAACCUUAGAAAGAUCAAAGAUAGAUGACGAAUCUGCAAGAGCACUUGCAACACUCAAGAAAUUAAAGGAAUUAAAAAUUAAUGGGAGCUCCAUCACUGAUGUAGGUGCAAUGCAUCUUCUCGCGCAUUGCCCAACACUGGAACUUUUAUCACUGAAUCAAUGCUACGGAAUCUCUCUUGAGACAGUGCUGUACGGCUGGGAUUUAGUUCAUCAAGGGUUGGCUUCGAAAGAAUUAGUAAUCAUUUAUAAUUUAACCCGAAUCCGACCGAGCGCAUACGCAACCCGAGAAGAUUGCAGCAGGUAUGAAGAAGGAGAUAUGUGGGCAUCAGAUGAUGAGGUUUGCUACAUACGUUCAGCCAAUGAAGGAACUGAAGAAAGUAGAGAAGAGCACGAAGAGUAUGAAGACCACCAGUUCGUUGGGAAUUAUGAUUACAUAGUAGAUGGUGAUCUUGAAUCAGAAGAGGAGCUCACUUAAAUUGUUUGCUCAAUUUUUUAACAUUUGCAUUUUUACCACUCUUUGAAUCUAACAAUGAUCUCAUUCGAAACUUAAAAGUUUAUUUUCUUAACAAAAUCAAUUUAAAUUCAAUUUAUAUUUCAAUAAAUAUGAUCUGAAACAUUAAUUUCAAAACUUGCAACAAAAACACAAUAAUUUUGAUACUAUCGAUAUAUCGAUCCUAAAGAAUCUUUCAAGUUGCAGGUUGCAACACUAAUCUUUUGAUUUAAAGUAAUGUUGUUUACCAUUUUUAAUCAUCAUCCCAGUUUAUUCUCUAUUGUUGAUUAAUUGCUUAUUUAUUAGUUAAGAUGCCAGUGAGUCUACCAUUGGUAAUGGUUGGUCUGUUUGACCAAAUAAUAUAGUAUAAAGUCGGUUUUUUAUUUUGCAAAAUUUUGUUGAAACUAACCAUCUGUAUUACUCAAUCCAAACUUCUGUCAAAUUUUCUCACCAUUUAAAGAUAUUGUACAGCAUCUGUUUUAUUUUAUUUCUUUAUUUAUUCCUCUAUUCAUCCUAAAAAUUUAAAAUUAAGUGAACAAGAUGAACCAAAAGGUGGUGAACACUGAGAAUCAUCUUGGUGUUAAAAAUGAACCAAGCAAUGCCUCAUCGUCAUCAACAUCAACAUUAUCUACUUCAUUUAAUGCUGCUACAACAUAUACUCCAACAGCUUCUCUAUUAACUGGUCCUAUAAGUCAAUCUUUGGAUGGUAAUUUGAAAGCCAGUGAAGAUGAUCUUCGUGAAUGGACCAGAACUUAUCAUAUGAGAACUUUGAAUUUAUUAAACUUUCCAACAAAUGCUUCAUCUAACCGAGUUAAUUAUAGAACUGUCAUGAACAGAGCUAGAAUCGGAAUAGUCACAAGUGCAGCCAAAUCGUUGAAUGUUCUGAGACAAGCUCUUCAAAAUAGUAUCAAUAAUGAAAUUAACACUAUUUUACAAAAAUAUAUAGAAAAAUACUUCAGACCUUCCAUAAGCAACAUACGUAAAAAUUUCGGUGCUAACUCAGUUUCGGAACAACACCUUCAGGCAGCUUGCCGUCAAAUACUCGAAGAAGCCAAAAAAAUGUACAUCGGCUCAAAUGUAAAUUCAUCAAAUUCUGCACCUGUUAAUAGCCCAUCGAAUGGAGAAUUAAUUGAAAAUGGAUCAGAUUAUGAAAAUAAUACCAUAAUUUCAGGAACCAAAAGGCGUCAUCACCAUCAUCAUCUCCCUAUCAACCAACUGUUUGACUAUGAAUCAGACUCGGAAAGUAAUUCCUUUCAUAAUCAUCAUCUUCGUCCGCCACCGGUUAAAAGGAAAAAAUUCAAAGGCACAUCUGUGGUGGGUAAAGUAAAAUCAACUCCCGCAAAAGUGCAAGUUAAAGGGAACAGUUCAAUUGACAUUAAGAGAGAAGGUCCAAGGUGGGAUCCAAACAGACUGAGUACGGAAACACGAUUUGUUCUCGGAUCGAAAGCAAACAAAGCUCUUGGUUUCGGUGCAACUCGAGGUCGAUUGUAUACUAAACACGCCGAUCUUUUUCGAUACAUUGGUGACCAAGAAGAUAAACAAUGGCUACAUGAGCAUGGGUUCAUGCCUCCAGCUGGUGGUAAAGCUUAUCUCAUAAUUAAGGAAGACAUAGAAGAUUUGUUGAUUUCUGACGAAUAUCGUGAUGCUCCUGGGGUUGAUGGUGACUCUAUGGGAGUAGGAUUCACUGUACCAAGCUAUAUUAUUGAUAAGAUGAAGAAAACUAUGGAAGCUCUGAGAAACGAAAGUGCUCGGUCAAAUUUAAUGAAAAAUAACUCACUGGUACCACCAGUCAUUGAAUUAGCGCCUCCCGGUCAAAAUUGUGAUAUUGUUGAAAAUUCAAGCAGGGGACCUUCACCAUCAGUUGACCUAGACUAUUUAAGUUCAAAUGUCGAUUUGAGUCCAUCAAUCUCUCCACUUCCAACAGAUCUGAGUUUAACUUCAAAUGAUAUUUAAUAUUUAUACCCUGUAAAAUUAAUCAAUAUUUAAGAGGAGUAAAUCCUGUCAACAUUCUAUUUACGCUUAAGAAAAUACUAAUAUACUAUAAAUAUUAUAAAUUUGAAAAACAAUGUUUCUCCAAUUAAUUAUCAAAAAAUAUACCAAAUUAAUUUGAGUCUAACUGUCCAGAUUGUAUAAAUUUUAUUUGGAUUCAGCUAUUGAUGCUUAAAUUGAUUCUUGAGAUUAUAAUUAAAUGAUUGUGAAGGACUUAUCAAAUUAUAAUGUUCAUUGUACGUAA